GUGGCUUCAGCACGUCAGGCCCGUCAGCAGCGGACACUUUUUGCAAGCAACGGACAACGGAAACAGCACAGUACAAUCUUUUAAUCUGCAUAACGCCGCAAACAUCCAAGCUUCGAUUUCAAUUCCAUUCGAAUUGGAAGCAGCGAUCUCUCUCCUUUCUUACGCUAGGACAACACCAAAAUGAUGUUCAUUCGUCGCCUUCAAUUCCACCUCCAUCCCUGGUCUUAGAAUUUUUGUCAACGGCAGCGAUGUUGUUUCUGACGCCGACGCAGAAGUAUGCAGCUGGAGCCCUGUUCAGCCUCGCUAUUCACCACGCUCAGACUCACCAGACCUGCCCACUAGGUUUCUCCGAUGACUAUCAACCCGAGGAACGAACUAGUAGCAGUAGCUCCGGCAGUGAUUCCGUUUCCGAAUGUCCGGAUCUUUGGGUCCAUGAGAACUCGGGUCUGCUCCGCCCUGUAUUAAAGUUUCUAGACAUUGAUUCUGCUGCUUGGUGUGCGCUUGAAGAAACAGCUGGGUCGGGCCAUCCCGUGGGACCAUUCAUGAGAUUACUUUCUGAAGAAAGUGAUGAUGAUUCUUCUACAAAUUCAGAUCAAGAACUUGCUUUAUCAGAAGCAGUUGACAAUAUGGAAAAAAGCAUGGGAAAAAGUGCAGAGUCUUCUAAGUCUAAAGAGAAGCACCGUGAAUAUGUGAAUCAAUGUCGAGAAAAAUAUGUAACUCCUCAUGUUCAAUCAGAUUCUGAGAACCUAGAUGUGCAUUUGGAGACUCGUCAGGAGACAGAUACUCCUCUUCUUGACUGUACUGACCCACAUAAGGGAUUUACUGAUAAUAUGAUUGAUGAAAGACCUAUUGAAGAGGUAGCGGUGCUUAGCUAUCAGAAGAAAGUGUCAGUUCUGUAUGAGCUUCUCUCUGCUUGUCUGUCAGAUUUGGAUGAAAAUAACAAGAAAUAUCAACGGAGAAGAAAAGGUUAUGAUGCUCGACAUCGUGUGGCACUGCGGUUGCUUGCAACUUGGCUUGAUAUCAAGUGGACAAAAAUGGAGGCCAUUGAGACCAUGGUUGCUUGUUCUGCAAUGGCCUUUGUUAAAGAGCAAGAGUUAAAGAAAGAAGAAGCAAAUUCAAGAGAAAGCAAGUGGGCUAAAUGGAAGCGGGGUGGCAUCAUUGGCGCUGCUGCAAUAACUGGAGGAACCUUGUUGGCCAUUACUGGUGGGUUAGCUGCCCCUGCAAUCGCUGCAGGGCUCAGUGCAUUGGCUCCUACUCUGAGCACCCUGGUCCCUAUAAUUGGAAGUGGAUUUGCUGCAGCUGCUAGUGCUGCUGGAACUGUAGCUGGUUCUGUUGCAGUUGCUGCUUCAUUUGGAGCUGCGGGAGCUGGUCUUACUGGGAGCAAAAUGGCCAGGAGAGUUGGCGGUGUUGAUGAAUUUGAAUUCAAAGCUAUAGGAGAAAACCAUAACCAGGGCAGGCUAGCAGUUGAGAUCUUGGUCUCAGGAUUUGUUUUCGAGGAGGAUGAUUUUGUAAGGCCAUGGGAAGGGCAGCAUGACAACUUGGAAAGGUAUGCACUACAGUGGGAGUCAAAAAAUCUGAUAGCUGUCAGCACUGCAAUUCAGGAUUGGCUUACAUCAAGAUUUGCAAUGGAGCUGAUGAAGCAAGGGGCCAUGAUGACUGUAUUAAGCACACUUUUAACUGCUUUGGCUUGGCCAGCUACAUUACUUGCGGCAACUGAUUUCAUAGAUAGUAAAUGGGCAAUUGCAAUUGACAGAUCAGACAAAGCAGGAAAGCUGCUUGCUGAAGCACUGUUAAAAGGAUUGCAGGGGAAUAGGCCUGUGACACUCAUAGGGUACUCACUUGGGGCACGAGUUAUUUUCAAGUGUCUACAGGUUUUGGCUGAAACCGAAAGCAAUGCUGAACUGGUAGAAAGAGUUGUUCUUCUUGGAGCACCCAUCUCAAUCAAGGACGAGAACUGGGAAGCUGCCAGAAAGAUGGUAGCAGGAAGGUUCAUAAAUGCUUAUACUAGAAAUGAUUGGAUGCUUGGAGUUGCUUUCCGUGCCAGUCUACUUACUAAAGGAUUAGCUGGAAUCCAGCCCAUCAAUAUUCCUGGGAUCCAAAACGUUGACGUGACAGAACACAUUGAAGGCCACUCUUCUUAUCUAUGGGCUACGCAGAAUAUCUUAGAUCAGCUUGAUUUGGAUUCGCCUUAUCCUCUUUAUAACAACAUCCUUUCGCGUCCAGUAUCUUCUCCCAGCUGUGACGUAAAUUAGUGAGAUUGCUCGAACACUUGUAAAGAAAUUACAUCUUGUUUUAAUAAAGAAAUGAAAAGGCGUGGGGCUUCUUGUGUAAUCAUGUUGUUAACCGUACUUACCCUGCAAGUAGUUUUACUGAACGUGAGAAAAGUGUGCAUUUGUUGAGGGAAAACGAGUGAGAUAUCUAAGGGCAAAUCCUUCUUUUUCUUCUUGUAUUAACGAGACGUCAGAAUAGUCACCUGUAUAUUCUUUUUCUCUGCGGAGUUUCAGAAGAUUUACUUUUAUAUUA